AUGGAUUGGCCACGAAGGAGUUAUGCGUUAGCGUUGCUAACACUACUGCCGUUCGUAAGCUGUUGGAGUACAACAACGCUGGAUGGCACAGCUGGCCAGACAGGUGUUAUUGGUGCUGCUGCCGGUGUAAUUCGAAGCGGUGAUGUUGCUGUCAGCUCAGCACGAGCGCAGAGCACAAAUGAAGUUUCGCCAUAUAUAGAUUUAGUGCUAUGUCCAAUAAGAGAACAGCCAUGGGGUUGUGCGCGGCAGCAAUCUGCGCGCAUUUUGGAAUUAUGGGAUGGUGAAGUGCAGAUGCAAUGGCAGAAAUUGAAAGUGGAAGCCGAUCGCCAGCUGAAUGCGACUAUUGAGAAGCGCGGCUAUAGCGCUUCCGAGGUACUCACCAAAGAAAAGCCAUCCACAAUUUUAAAGAAAAUCGAAAUUGGUACCAGUUACAUGAAGAAAUAUCUGGCUGAGACAAUGGAUGGCUUCCUUGGACGCGAGUACGACUAUGUGCAGUCAGAUGCAAAGCAAAAUUUUGUCACCACUGAUGAUGAAGACGAUGAUAAUGAAGAGGAGGAUGAAGAAGAAAACAGCGACACCGAAGACGAAGAUGAUGACGAUGAGGAGACCGAAGCCGACACGAACGCAGAGGUUGAACAAGACGAAGAAAAUUACACAGAUCGUGAUGAGGCUGCCAGCCAACACGUAGUCCACUUUCAGGGUCGGCCUGUUGGUGGCGUGCAGGGCCAGCUGCAUCAUAGUGAAGUGACGCCCUUAAUCGGCACAGCGCCUGGUGGCGGCGUACAUGAUAAUUCCGAUGUCGUAGAAUUUAUUGAAAUCCAAGACAAUGACAACGCGCCACCAGGUCUGCUUAAAAAGCCUGGCGGCGGCGGCGGCGGCAAAAGGAAGCGCAAAAAUAAGAAGAAGAAGAAACCAGAAACUUUACUGGUGGUGCAACCAGCUGAAUUGGAAUUACAUAACCAUGGUCAUGGCGGUCAGCACGACGAUGCUGUUGAGUGGGUGCCUGUGUCAACAGGUCAUGGCAAGCCUUCGAGAAAACAGAAACGAAAGAAAAAGCGGAAGCAUCAACAUGCAGCCGAUGACACUGUUUCAGUUGUGUACGAGCAUGAGCCAUCAAAUCAUUUGGGUUUAGGGCUGCUGGAGGAAUUGGCCGAUGCAGUCGAUGUGGUUGACUUGGAUGGCGGACACAAGCGCAAACAUAAGAAACCGCAUAAAUAUGGUAGAAGCGUUGGAGUGAUGCGUGGCAAGAAAAAGAAGAAGAAGAAGGCAAUCGCCAAACUGGUGUUGUUGGGUUCCUUCCUCAAGGCGAAAAUCGAGCUGUUGCUGAAAAUUUUAGGCGCUCACUUACAAAUUAAAUUCUUUGCAAUUGCACUCAUUGGUUUGCUGAUAAAUAUUGCAAGAUUUUGGAUUGAUGUAAAACGUGGCGGUACGCCGCAAAAGGUUGUCUAUGUUGAACAUGCACACCAUCAGCACCACUACGAUGAGCACGGCGAAGACUGGGGUGGCGAAUCGGGCGGCAGCUACUGGAAACGUUCUUUGCAAACGGAUCCCACAUUGGAGGAAGCUGCGACGGAUAGCUAUCAACCGGUGCCGCAGAAUCAAGAUCCACACUACAUGGCAUACCAUGGGCAGUGGCAGUGA